CGAAAAAAAUGGUUGACAUUAGUUUUUGAUGAAAAGUCCUAUGGUUAACGACGUUUAAGAGAAGAAAAAAAUAACCUAGUAUAGCACAGUUUGUUGAGAUAUUGUUUUUAUUUUUGGCAAAUUUUAAUUUUGUCAUGUGUUUACAAAUAAUCUGUACUAAUUCAAAUGUAACACUGUAUUAAAAAUUAAGAUAUGAAAAUGGCAGAGUUUCAUUUUAAGUAUUACACACAAGAUGACAUCAAGUUUAUUGAUGUUACAGAGAAUAUAGAACCUGUUAUUACAUCCAAUUACCUAGAACAUUUUCUAGAUCAUAUAAAAGAAACUUUUAUAUCUAAGUCAAACGGAUCGCUUUAUAGGAUCCAAGCUAGCAAUGGUGCCAUAAAAUUGUUGGAAAAACAUUUAUACAUGAAUUCAGAGCAAACUGAAGCAGCUCAAAAGUUAGUUAUGGAACUCUAUAGGUGUUUAAGAAAUUGUGUAACAAACAAAACAACACAAGAUUAUGUUGCUGAAGAGACCAACAUUUUAGUAUUUACAAAAUCUUAUGUUGGAAAAUUAUAUGAAGACCAUUUAUGCCUAAAAAUCAUAUUACAGUUUUUAAUAAACUUAAUAUCAUCAAAUUCUGAAGUAACUAGAAAAGUACAUGCAAAUUUUUCUGAUGUAUUUAGUAAAAUAAUAGAAAACAAGUGGUGUUUGUAUGAAAGUGCAGCACUCAUUUAUAAUUCAGCAUUAGUAGUACCACCAGAUGUAAUUUCAAUCAAGUGUAUGUUUCAAUUAGAUGAAAAGAAUAGUGAAAUUGAAUAUGUCUUAUUCUUUUUUGAAAAAUAUAUUAGUUCUAACAUUUGCUGGGAAUUAUAUAACAGUUUUGAAAUUAGACAUAAAAUAAUUAUAUUAGAAACAUUAAGGUAUCAACAGAUUAAAAAAAUACAAUAUUUCUUACCUGAUUCAGGAAUUGAUGUAAUCGUAAGUGGCUUUUUAAAGAGUCCAGAUAUAUUUUUUAAAAUAAGCACAGACACUGCCCAACAGGAAGUUAGAAUAGUAUCGUUACUUUUGUCAAUUAUAUCCUCUUGUUCUAGUAUAGAUGAAUAUAUUGUCAAAUUACAACAAAAUAAAAAUAUUUUAGUAACAGCAGCAGCAUUACUGAUUAAUUUUCACAAAUUAGGUAAAGAAGGUGAUAAUAUGUUUAAACCUGUACAGAAGUUAUCUUAUAGUCAAGGAGAUGAAACUGAGAAUCCUGUGUUUGGACUGAAGGCCGAUUUAAUUCAGCUGAUUGGAAAUUUGUGCUGGAAAAAUAAUGAAAUGCAAAAUUUGGCACGUGAAGCAGAGAUAAUUCCAGUUAUUUUAGAUUGCUGUAAUAUGGAUGCUAAUAAUCCUUUUAUCAUACAAUGGUGUAUCUUUGCUAUCAGAAAUUUUUGUGAGAACAAUCCAGAAAAUCAGAAAUUUAUUGCAGGACUACACAAAAGAGGAACCGUAUCAUCAAGUGUUUUAGAAUCGUUUGGAAUGACACUUCACGGCGACGAAGACAGCGAGCUUAAGAUUGUUCCCCUAGAUGCUUUAAAAAACGAAUCAGAGUAAAUUUGAUAUGAAUAUGUUACAUGUUUUGUACAAAAUACCACAAAAAUUGUAAAUCGGAACGAAACGUCAAUAAAAAACAAUAUUUUUCAGUUUAUAUGGAAUUUCUCUGAUAAGACAUCUU